CCGGCAAAUGAAAUUCAAGGGCAGCUGUAAAACACAGUUGACAUUUAAGCUGGAUCUUCAAAGAUAAGAGGCGUACACCAGGCACAAAACUGAAGAAGAGCUUGUCGGCUGUGGAGAACAUUGGGAUGGAUUUUCUCCUAAUCCACGGUACCUUCCUGCUGCAGUUAACUGUAACAGAUUCAAACCUGGAUCCCUGCCAGCACCGUGUGGUCAACACCACAGAGCCCGGCCCAUCUUGUGGUUAUUAAAACAAGGCCCACGGCUUACAGAAGAUUCCAUUAAAAGGCAGCGCUGCACCUGCGCGGCCUCCAGUGGACCCGGGAGAGGGCUGAGAGAUUAAACCUGCUCUCGCGAGCAGAGACACUGGUCGGAAGGGACAAGUCAUCCGCUCUCCCUGCAGGACACUUGGGGCCAGGAUGAAAGCCAGAAAGGCUGUCUGCACCCAGCUCAGGCCACGCAGGGGCAGGGAGAGCCCUCACAGUGACGGUCCCCACAUUAUCAUGCAGCGAGUGACACCCGUGUCCUGGAAACCACUGGCCACGGCAGUAUCAGUUCACCUCUGGGUGCUGUCAGGGGUGACCAGAAGUUCCCAGAGGAUCAAGACUGUGCUUUCCUGCAAGCCAAGGGACAGCAGUUUAGCUUUAGAAAUCAGAUUGCACCGCUGACAAUAAACCGGAAUGGGAUCUCUCAGGCCCUCGGUGAACACGCUGAGGUUCGUAUUCAAGUGCGUUUUUCUUUAAGCCAAGACUGCUGAACCGUGAAACUGGUUACAAACACAGGAAGGCAUGAAUGUCCUCCCAGCUUUCUCUCCUGAUUUUGAUAUCUUUUGUAAUUCUUGUCAAUCUCACUAGAAAAAAAAGUAUUGAAAUCUCAUUUUUAUUUGCCUUUCCCUGACCUCCUAGAACAUCUGUUCUUAGGUUUAUAAGCCAUUUGCGUUUCCCUCCCGGGGAAUUACUGUUCCUGUCCUUUGCCCAAUUUUCCUGGAGGUAAUUUGCCCUUUUCUUAUCAAUAACAAAGUGUUCUUUGUAUAUAAAACAAAGUAGUCUUUGGCUGUGGCAUACGUUUCCAUCCCGUUUGCCUCUGGACUCUGUGCAUGCUAUUUCUUCCAUACUAAAUUUAGGGCUGCUCAUCUUAACAAGAUCUCUCUCCCCGCUUAGAGUCUGUAAGUAUUUGAAACUUUCUUCUGCUUGCAUGGGCAUGGUUCUGCUUCACACACAAGUGUACAUGAUAAGAAGCUUAUGAAUCCACCUGCAGUGUGUGUGUGUGUGUGUGUGUGUGUGUGUGUCUGUGUGUGCACGCGUGUGCAUGCGUGUAUAGGAGCAAAGGAAUCUAUCUGCAGAAUCAAAUCUAACAUGAAUUAAGCAUUGACUCGGAAAGUGAUCAAAUCCUGCAGGUCACUGGACAAAUAGCUCCUCAGAGCAGCUCCUGAGAGCUGCUCCUCUCAGCUCGCCGGUGCAGACGCGCCUUCUGGCCUGCAGAGGGCGCCAGUGUGCUUCCCGAGCUCCCGCAGAAACCUCGGAACCGGACCCGCUGGCUGACGCUCAGGCAGGUGCCGGUCGCUCAGUGGUCCCUCGGCUGCACUGAGGAUGAAGUAGAGACCGCGGACCAAGGUAAGAACAAGAUCCGAGCCUGCCCCGGCCAGCCUCCAGCUCCCCUGCGCACCAGCAGCUCCCUGGUCCCGCAGGAGCCCGGCUCGCCUCGGCUAUGAACACGUCCUGCUGCCCAUCCUCUGCCCACCCGAUGCCACCUAACAGCUCCAAGCUCCCGGCUCCCUCUUCCCUCGGCAACCAGAGCAGCGGCGGCUUCUGUGAGCAGGUCUUCAUCAAGCCCGAGGUCUUUCUGGCCCUGGGCAUCGUCAGCCUGCUGGAGAACAUCCUGGUCAUCCUGGCCGUGGUCAGGAACGGCAACCUGCACUCGCCCAUGUACUUCUUCCUCUGCAGCCUGGCCGCGGCCGACCUGCUGGUGAGCGUGUCCAACGCCCUGGAGACCGUCAUGAUUGCCGUGGUCAACAGCAACGCCCUGGCCCUCGAGGACCGCUUCAUCCAGCACAUGGACAACAUCUUCGACUCCAUGAUCUGCAUCUCGCUGGUGGCCUCCAUCUGCAACCUCUUGGCCAUCGCGGUGGACAGGUACGUGACCAUCUUCUACGCCCUCCGCUACCACAGCAUCAUGACCGUGAGGAAGGCCCUGGCCUCUAUCGUGGGCAUCUGGCUGUGCUGUGGCGUCUGCGGCGUGGUGUUCAUCGUCUACUCCGAGAGCAAGAUGGUCAUCGUGUGUCUCAUCACGCUAUUCUUCGCCAUGGUGCUGCUCAUGGGCACCCUCUACGUCCACAUGUUCCUGUUCGCCCGGCUGCACGUCCAGAGAAUCGCCGUGCUGCCGCCAGCCGACGGGGCGGCCCCGCCCCAGCGCUCCUGCAUGAAGGGCGCCGUCACCAUCACCAUCCUGCUGGGCGUGUUCAUCUUCUGCUGGGCCCCCUUCUUCCUGCACCUCAUCCUCAUCAUCACCUGCCCCACCAACCCCUACUGCAUCUGCUACACCGCCCACUUCAACACCUACCUGGUCCUCAUCAUGUGCAACUCGGUCAUCGACCCGCUCAUCUACGCCUUCCGCAGCCUGGAGCUGCGCAACACCUUCAAGGAGAUUCUCUGCGGCUGCAACGGCGCCGCGAACUUGAGGUAGGGCGUGGGGACCGGGGGACCAAGCGGUCAGCACAGGGCCCCUUUGCCUCAGUAUCCAGCAGAGGUGUUUAGACAGGGUAAGAAAAGGACCUAGAAGGUAUGAAAAUGUGUCAACAGCCACGAUGGUUUUUUAAAAGAGAAAGUGACAAGAACGGGCCCCCAGGAGGACCCCAGAGUGGUCAGUCACCUCCGGUCUCCUCGUGGUCACUGCAGACAGCAGCGAGUUCCCCGCGCCACGCCAGGGCUUGCAGUGCCCGCCUGCUCCUCCACCUCGCACCGCGUCCCUCUGCUGUCCGGGCUGCGGAUGCUCACGAACAGGAAGCUGGCUCGAGUCCCCUGCAAGCGAACCUAACAGCUCGGCCCUCCGCCUGCAGGCUGCCCAGGUAGCUUUGUGCUGCUUCUGUGAAACAUCGAGCUUGCAGCCUAUGACUUGAUUCACAGGAAAACGACAGCCUCAAAACAGCGAACUCUUUGUGGGGAAAGCGAUGGGAUGCUGCUUCCCCGCUUCUGACUCACCAGCCCUUGCCAGCUUCCAAAACAGCACAGAGGGGUCCCCGCUUCCCCUCUGCUGCUCUCCUGGGGUUAGCGCAGUCAGUGAAGGCAGCCUGCAAAACCCACCGAGGAAGGGGAAAUGCUGGGGGUGACCAGGACGUUCGCGCUGUGUUUUGUGUGUGAAUAUCUUGCUAUUCCACGGGUUACCUUACAAAAAACUAAAAGAUAUUUUCUUGUUCUUCUUUUACUGCCUUUAAAACAGGAGAGGAACUGGCGGGCGGAGGGCUGUGUGUAUACUUUCCAAGAAGCCCUUCCACUGUACUUUGAGAAGCUGCAGAAGUGGGACGAGGCUUUCUUGGGAGCUCCUUUCUGCUCGUAGUAACUGUGUCUCCAUCCCAUAGUUAAGCCAACGGCGCUGGUGAAAGAAUGUUUUCUGGCUCGCUGCUCCCUUGGCUCGGCAUGAUGCCCACGUUGUGGGACGUAGUUAUCAACAUUCAUGCUUUUGUCAGAUAAAGCAGCUUCCUCCCGAGCAGAGGGUUAGGGUUCUGACGACGCUUCGGGGUCCUCUGCCCGGUCCUUUCCUGGCCUGGGUGUCUUUCAUUUGUGUAACACACAGCUCCCCGCUGUGAAUUCUUCUUCUGUGCUGUGUCUUUGCUGUACCAUCGUGGCUACCUUUUGCUGAGCACACUGGGGAGGGGGCGUGCUUACAGAAUGUCUGCAUUUGGUUCUUGUGGAUUUUUUUUGUCCCUGAAAAAUUUCUGCUCAGAUAAGCAAAACCACUUGUUUCUUGUGAUGCUUGGAAAUAAUAAAAUGCUUUCGUGGCUGCUAA